UUCAACAAAUUAGCUCCGGUUCCACUGGUUUCCAUUCUGCUCGUGUUAAAUUUUAUUUUUCACUUGUAAAACUUAAAUUUAUUAAAUAAAUUAAGCUAAUUUGGCCAUGGCACACCUCCGGGAAACCUCGGACAAAGCUCUAAAGCUGUUGCGGACAUUGCCUCGCGUGCAGAUCGGCAAUCUUCGCCCGAAUCCAAACUCCAAACAAAAUGACAAGCGUGGCAGAGCGCAGCACGGCGGAGAUAAACACGGAGCUGGCAACAAGGGUUCCGGGCAACGGCAGAACUUUAUGCGGUUGGGUUACGAAACAGGAAAUCAGCCCUUCUACCUGAGAUUUCCAUAUGAACCUUACUACAAAGGACAUCAUCUGAAGCGCCAGUAUCCGCCCAUUUCGCUCCUUCAGCUGCAAGUGCUGAUUGACACCAACAGGAUAGACAUCAGCCAGCCAAUUGACAUCAGCACUCUGUGCAAUUCUGGCCUGCUUAAGCUCAAACCCGCUGAAAUGGAGUACGGAUUCCAAUUGACUGACGAUGGACUGGACAACUUCCAAGCUAAGAUCAAUAUUGAGGUGCAGCAUGCCAGCGAGGCGGUCAUAGCGGCUAUAGAGAAGAACGGAGGCGUGAUCCGUACUGCUUAUUACGACCCUCGCAGCUUGCACAUGCUGGCCAAUCCAAAAAAGUGGUUCCAAAAGGGAGUGCCCAUCCCCAGCCGGAUGCUGCCACCUCAGGACGCCGUGGACUACUAUACGAAUCCGAAGAAUCGCGGCUAUCUGGCCAAUCCGGAGGAGAUUAGCAAAGAUCGAUUAGUGUUGGCCCAGAAAUACGGCUACCAACUACCUAAAAUCGAAGAAGAUUCCGCCUACGAGAUGCUUACCACUGCCAAGGAUCCCAGGCAAGUAUUUUAUGGCCUGGAACCCGGCUGGCUAGUGAACAUUGUGGACAAAACAAUAAUCAAGCAGAAGCAAUAAUUAGUUGAGUUUGUUACUUUGCAUUUUGUUAAAUAAAGAAGUGGAUUACAAAAAGCUUUGUUAGACUAUGAUACUGUAA